UUGCGUUCUGUGAAACAUCACUUGCUGUUGUGUUUUGUUGAGUUGCCUCUGACGUGUCUGAGACUCAUCUCUCCUGUUACUCUGUGACUGCAGCUUUGGAGUGACGAGGUGGACAAGGCCGAACAUGAACUGCGCGUAGCACAAACAGAGUUUGAUCGCCAGGCGGAGGUGACCAGGCUGCUUUUGGAAGGGAUCAGCAGUACCCAUGUGAAUCAUCUCCGCUGCCUGCAUGAGUUUGCCGAGGCCCAGGCCACGUACUACGCUCAGUGUUACCAGUACAUGGUCGACCUGCAGAAACAGCUGGGCAGUUCCAGAAGUGAGGGGUUCCCCGCCACGCUUGUUGUGAAUGCAGAUUCUACCCCUCCGCCUCUCAGUACCUCUCCACCACCCGCUACGCUUCCCGUGCUCCAGGCCGUCAGUCCCAAUCCAGGGGACGGGACGCUGAACGCUAUCGAUGUGAAGCCCCCUUCAAGCGGCACCAGGAAAGCUCGAGUUCUCUACGAUUACGAAGCUGCAGACAGCACCGAGCAGACACUCGCGGCGGACGAGCUAAUCACCGUGUACAGUCUCCCCGGUAUGGAUCCAGACUGGCUGGUGGGUGAGAGGGGAAACAAGAAGGGUAAAGUACCAGUUACUUACCUGGAGCUCCUUAGCUAGACCCGACUCCACCAGGACAGCAAACUUCUCAAACAAGCCAAUGUCUCCGGAGGGCUGAUUGUUUGCUAGAUGCUGCUGCUUCGUUUGGUUUUCUUCCUGUCUUACAGACUGAAGCUGCACACGUCACCCCUUAUUUCUCGCAAGUUGCCCUUUUUUUUUUUAUUGAAUGUUACCCUUACGUUGCAGGAUGGGUCUUUGGCGUUUUUGCCGGCCUCUCCUGCACCUAAGGCGUUGCGUUUCUCCUGUUACGUUUCUCCUGUUACGUUUUCAUUCCACGUCCCACUCCUGAGAACCCCCGUGUCGCUGUCUUUCCCGUGACCAAAUCUGCUUGCACUAACGUUUAAAAUGCAAAGACUUCUAAUAUUUUCUGUAUGAUAUAACGAUAAACCAGGCCAGCAUAGAUAAGCCCUUUGCUGUCCGUUACAGAUUGGAGCCUCCCUCCCAUCUAUUAGUUUUUUGUAUAACUGUCGCCUUUUUUAUUUCAAUCUCCCAUUUAUAAGCGUUUUAACCCUUUACAUCAGCUUCUGCACGGGACUUUUUUUUAAUGGCUUUGUAGCAUGCAGGCUGAGGUCCCCGUACCAUCAUUAUGCAGGGGAUACAGUAGCUUUUAUCCUGCAUCUAAUAUAUUUACAUUUAUUAUUAAAAAAAUAAGUAAUUUAUCAAAUCGCAAUCCAAAGGACUAACGAUUACGCUCGCUUUACAAACCCUGUAUCACAGGAUCCCUUUAACACGUUAUAUCGCAUUGAUUGACUACUUGCUCUGGUGGAAUAAAAUCA